UCCUCCUCCAUUCAUUUUCAUUCUCAGCUCGUCGUUCGAACUUCUAAUCAAUCUUCUCAGAGCUAUAGCUUGUAGCCUUGAGCUAGCUGCCUUGCUUGCCGAUCGAUUUUCAGGUCAGGAUGGGCAUCCUGGACGCGAUGUCGGACAUGUGCGCGUGCCCGACGGUGCGCACGCGGCGGCACAUCAAGAAGCGGCCGCAGCUGGAGACGGUGGAGAUGAAGGUCCGGAUCGACUGCGAGGGCUGCGAGCGCCGCAUCCGCAAGGCCGUGGACGGCAUCCGCGGGGUCACCGGCGUCGAGGUGCUCCCCAAGCAGAACAAGGUGGCCGUCACCGGGUACAUCGACGACCCGGCCAAGCUGAUGCGGCGGGUGGCGCGCAAGACCGGCAAGAAGGUGGAGCCGUGGCCGUACGUGCCCUACGACGUGGUGCCGCACCCCUACGCCCCCGGCGCCUACGACAAGAAGGCGCCUCCCGGCUACGUCCGGAACGUCGUCGCCGACCCCGACGCCGCGCCGCUCGCCAGGGCCUCCUCCACCGAGGUCAAGUACACCUCCGCCUUCUCAGACGAGAACCCCAACGCGGCAUGCGCCGUCAUGUAGUCGGUGCUCGUGCGUAGCCAUCCUUUAGCCAGGCCUUCCUUCGGCUAAGCUUGUAGUAGGUCCGUGUAAUUUUUGGAGGUCGUCUGUAUAAUUAUUUUGCACGUUGUACUCAACCCACAAAGUGAAAUUGUAAAUUAUAGUACUUGUUUAUUGACUUUACGUAGCUAGUAGUUAGCUUGUUACAGUAGUUUGUGAUUUUGAACCAGGGGAUUCAGUUCCUUGUUUAGUGUAAGAUACUACUAUAUAUUUUAAUGAACUUCACAUGUAUAAUUAUCAAA